AUGCCACCGCGGACGCCGGAACUGCAGCCGGAAGGCAGGGCCGUACCCGUACGACCAACGGAGGAAGCGGAGGGACCUCUGGGUCCUGGGACCGACGGACGUCGGAGGGAGAGGGCCGCCGUCCGCCGGAUCUGGAAACCUUGGCGUCGUUCGCCGUCGCCGCCGUCAGUUAGGUCCGGGUCGCCGCAGAGCUUGCCGCUGCAACUAGAUGCGGUGGCGCCGGUUGAACAGGGGAGAGGGAGGAGGGCGGGGGGGACGCCGCCGCAGUCUCAUCCAGUAGCACUGCUGCUGCUGUCUCUACUUCUCCGGCACCGCCACGACACGAGAGAGUUGGCUGUAAAAAACAUGUACAGUUGGAUCUCUUUUAACUACCUCUGGUGUAUUAGAUCACCUUCGGUGGGGGUGUAUUCCAAAUCACUGGUGGAGUCUGGGACGGAUUCCGUUAGGCAGGAGCCUGGGCCGUUUAUUGCGCCAUCGCUGGAGGAGCUGCUGCAGCAGCUAUCCCUUGAGGAGCGGGUACGAUUGCAGAGCCACCUACGCGAGCACGAGCGCAAAGUGAAGCGAUGGAGUAAGUGCCCUACAGUACCUUCGGGCCCCUCAGAAAGAAAGCACGACACCACCAUCAUGCCUCACGUCCGCCACGCUCUCCACUAUUACAAUGCCAGGCACCCGGGUGACGAGUUUGAUGCUGUGAAGCCUCUGAUGGAAUCCAGAACUAGUUUCAGGAAACAGCUGUGGGCUCACGUCAACUUCUGGGCUCGCAGCCGCAAAAGCAACAAAAUCAAGCGCUUCUUCGCUGAGGUGCACUACAACCCAGAACCUAUCGUUGAAGUGUGCACUACAACCCAAAACCUAUCGUUGAAGUGUGCACCAUCAUCGGUAUGUAUCUAUGUCUGUAACCUCCUUUCUUAACUGGUUUAUUAGUUUUGGGUAGUUAUAGACAUAUUUGUGUGACUUUGGUAUUAAAGUUUUGGGGAGUUGUACUCAGGGAUGAGUUAGGUGGGAUUUUGUUCCCAAAGAAAAAAAUUAUUGGGGGAAAGAG